AUGAGUGAAAUAGAGAAGCGGGAAAACGUGGAUCAUUCUUUGUUGGAGAGUUGGACAAAAGACAUUGUUGCGUUUACCGAUACAGCGUUUAAGCGGCCCCCAACACAAGGCUUUGUUGCGGAGUACAUGAUGUAUUGUGGAGUGGACUACCUAUUAUUAUCAGGAUUUUUCAUCCUAGUGAGCAACACCCAAAACCCACUGGUUGACCGAACAGGCCAGUACAUCUUCACAUUCCCUUCAGCGGGACCAAACUACUACGUCAAGACACCGGAAGAAACGUUGUUUGCGACACAGGAAGUAGUUCCCGAACGUCCGCAAAUCGGUUUCGCUCCUCCAGCUUCAACAAACACAGAUCAAGAAGGCUCAGUCGACCAGGCAGCCAUCAGUGCACCACCCAGGCGAAAGCCUGGGUUUUUCGGGAAUACUCCUUUCCUGAACCGUCUACCUCCUGUACCACCCCCGCCUAAGCCACCUCCACCGCCUCCGCCGCCACCAACACCUUCAAAGUUUGUGAGACCGACCCCUCCUCAAGGGCAGUUCAUGGGCAGUCCUCCCAUAGAUCUACCGCCUCCUCCACCUCCACCACCACCUCCGCAACUGCUCACACAUUCCAAGAAACCGGACAAAAGUCCGAACUCGAGGAGACCUCCGCCUCCUCCUCCGACUUCCAAUCGAAAACCAUCAAGACCAGCUGCAGCUUCUGCUGCACCUGCUGCACCUGCUGAAGAGUAUGGACCACCUGAUCAAAUGUCACAGCCUGCUGCAGAGUAUGGACCACCUGAGCAAAUGUCGCAGCCUGCAGCAGAGUAUGGACCUCCAGAGCUGCAACCUGCUGCAGAACAGUUGGCACCUUCAUCAAGUCAGUUUCCUCCUUCGGUUCCACAAUCUGGAUAUGCUAUUCUACCGCCAUCUUACAAUCUGUCACAGAGGUCUACAGACUAUCCUGGAACAGAUGAUACUGUACUCGACACUGUUGGCGAGUAUUACUUCAGCUACGAGACACCAGAGGGCUCAAAACGUGCUGAACAAGGAUCACAUCCCAGAUAUGAGGAUGGAGUCAGGAGUCUGCUGGUAAAAGGCUCUUACUCCUACACAUCACCGGAAGGCAAGCCUGUCCAGGUUUACUACAAGGCUGAUCGUCAAGGAUAUCGGCCAGAGAAUACUAUUCAACAUUGACCAAAAAAAUUAAAAAUAACGAGAAGUCGAUAAAUAUUUAUGAUUUUUUUACAGAAAAAACUGCUUACUAAACUACCACAAAACAUAUAUUGGCGUCUGGGGUCUUGUAGUAGGGGGGAACACGUGAAACUAUGUUAGAAAUAGAAUAAGUGAAAUACAAGAGAUCUAGUAGGUAUUGAACAUUGCAGUAGGAAUGGAAAGUCAUUGAUAAAAUGUGUAAACGCAGUUUUCUACCGCCAAUGGUGCAAUAUGAUAAUUGAAGUGUCACCUACAAAAAAUGUAUAUUUUCAAGUAGACCUAGCAAACUUAUACUUAACACAAUAAUUGUAUUCAAUGAGAGAAGUUGUGUGUAUUUUUGGGUUCAAAAUUUUAUAAAAUAACUUGAAUAAUUCAAUAUGAAGUUAUGAUUAAGUGUUAUAUUCAACUAUAGCUUGGUGUUUUAAUUUCUCUAAAUUCAAAAUGUUUAGCUUAUAUAUUUUUUUUGGACGAAAAUUGAACUUGAACGUUUUACAGUAGAAACAACCUAUUUUUUGGACAUUUUAUUAAUUUAUCAACAUUUGGGAAUGGAAUAGAUUUAGACCAAGCCUGUUGUUCCUUCCUAAUCAUAUUUAUAUGAUUUGUAAUUCUGUCCACGAAUGAAUAAAUAAAUAAAUUAUGUAUAUUCUGAUAAAUACAGAAAUACAUGAAAUAAAUGUAUUGGUAAACAAUUGCUAAUCCAUUGAAUAGAUUGAUCUAUUGAAGGUUGUUUUUCAUAAUAUUUGAUAGUUGCUGAAAAAACUGGAAAAUUUCACGAAGCGAGUGAAACAAAAUUUCUAAAAAAUACAGAGAUGCGGAAGGAAUUUCUGAUUUUGAACUCAUUCUGUGACAUGAAAUAUUCAAGAUUUCAUCAAUUAUUAUUGAAAUUUUCCCCUUAGAACUUGAGAGAUCUAGCAUAGAGAAAAAAUAGCAUUUUCUAUGCUAGUUUCUAGCAUUUUCUGUGCUAUUUUUUCUCUAUAUGGUUCUAGUUCUGAGCUCGGGAUUUAGCUAAGUUCUAGACUUCUUCAGAUGGAGUCAGAAAAUUGGGUUUCCGAAACUACGUAGUCGUAGUCUACGUUCAAAUUAAAUUUCGAAAAACGAGAGAAUUGAACUCAAAAUAAGAUAAAGAGAAAUUAGGUAAUGUUUCAGCUAUUUUGAAUCACUUAGGAAUGUCUCAUUCAGUGAAGAAAGAACGUUUCCAAUUAUAGAAAUGAGAAAACAAAGGUUAUCAUAAAAAUACUACGACUACGCCUUUUUCGUUUCGGAAAGCCAAUUUUCUGACUCCAGCUCUUUUAAGUCUAGAACUAUGCUAAAUCUGGAGUUAAGAAACCUACUCUUAAGAGAGCUAUUUAAAUUAAAAUUCGGAGUAUUUCUUAUUUCACAAAUAUGAGAACAUUUUUUCAUAAAAAAUAAACAAUGAAUACUAGGCCCAUUAAUUCUUGUGGGCUACAACUAUUUUACAGCUAGCUGUCUUUAUUCUUUCCUGGGCCUGAAGGAAGUGUAAGGAAAUGGAGUGUAGUAAAAGAAGAAAUAUAGUGAGUAUUGACUAAACGAAAGUGAGUAUUCAAAAAAUACGAAUUGAAUUAAUGCUAAUUAUACUGAUGAAUGCUUUUUUUCAAUUUUUAAGUAAUUACGAUUAAUUACUAUCCUAGAUAAAAAUCGAUCACUAUCGACUGGGCAUUUAGGUCAUCAAUCAUAAUACCAUACUUUGUAGAAUAGAAUAUCAUGAAUGGCUGAUCAUUUAGUUGUAAUAAAUUCACAUGGAUUUUCCAAUCUAAUUUUUGAAUUCGUCAUCAUUGAAUUUAGAUCUGAUUAGACUGAAGAUCAACUAUAUUAUUACUGGAGUCAUUUAUUGAAAGAUACUAUAAGAUAAGCUCCACAUUUCGUGUACUCUAUACA